UUUCCCAACACUGGUUAGUAUGUGUGCAGGUGUUUUAAGUAAAAGAAAAUUUUGAAUUUUAUUGGAAAAAUUUUAUUUACGUUUAUGCAAGGUAAAUUAAUAUAUAUUUUGUUUAGUGUCUCGUUAUGGUUUAUAAACGAAAAAAGUACCACAAUGGAGAUACACAUUUAAAAAAACGUUGGAGAACUAAACGAAGACAAAAAGAUCUUGAUGAAAUUGAUAAUGAUUUGAAAGAAGAGAACGCAGAAAAGCUUUUAAAUCAAGAAGUUGAUUUAGAUAGACCCGGCUGUGCUCAACAUUACUGUUUACACUGCGCGAGGUACUUUAUAAACCAGCGGGCUUUAGAAGAUCAUUUUACCACAAAAGUUCAUAAGCGACGAUUAAAAGCUCUUGAAUUAGAACCGUAUACAGUUGAAGAUUCAGAGCGUGCUGCAGGUCAGGGAAAUUUUAUUGCACCUAAAAAAAGAAAAAUUGAAACACAAAUAUCUAAAACUUCUCUUGUUGAUGAUGAUGAUGAUGUUGUAAUGAAAUCAAAAGUUGCAAAAAUAUCAAAUUAA